AUGCCUCGUUCAUCGAAAAAGAGCCGACCUAACAACGAACCGACUGAAUCGUCUUCAGGAUCAGGAUCUGACAAUGAUGACGAUCAAGAUGAAAUGAUGGAAAGUAAUCCUCAAGAAAAUAUUCAAAUCGAUCUAGAAGCUCGUGCUCCCAUUGACACCGAUCAUGACGCGAUUCUUUAUUUUCUCGAGCAAUCAUUUGGUAAUACAAUAAAAAAAUCCGUACUUGAUCUAAAGCAACUAACAACUCAAUUGGUUACUCAACAAUCCUGUGGUAGUGUAUUCUAUCAACCAUUGGAUUCAACAAUGGAUGAAACCGAUGACGAUGAUGACGAUAAUCCUGUCCUAGGCAUCUGUUCGAUUCUUCGUUUUGACCAACAGCAUAACAAGCAAAUACAAGCAUGGUUGUUAGAGAAAUGCUCGGAGAAAGNAUGA